ACCUUCAGUGUUUCUUCAGUGGGCGGGUCCAGUACUCGUUGGCUUUAGGACCCAGUGGCUCAUCCAGCGAGGCAGGCAGCGGCUGGGCUCGCAGACUGACUGAGGCAGACAAAGGCGAGGGGAGAGACGGCGUGCCGCUAUCCUGCAGCAUCGACACACACACUCACACACUCCCCCACACAGACUCCCUUCACUCCGCAAGCAGCGACGCAGACUCUCCGGAGCUGGUCACCACCGCCACACAUCUGUCACAACCAUCACAACUUUCAGUCAUCAUGGAGCUUGACUUUGGACAUUUUGACGAGCGAGACAAGGCCUCCCGUACCCCGCGGGGCGGGCGCAUGAAUGGACUUCCCAGCCCUACCCACAGCGCCCACUGCAGCUUCUACCGCACGCGCACUCUGCAGGCCCUCACCAAUGAGAAGAAAGCCAAAAAGGUGCGCUUCUACCGCAACGGAGACCGCUAUUUCAAGGGCAUCGUGUACGCUGUGGCCAACGAUCGAUUUCGCACCUUCGACGCUCUCCUGGCUGACCUCACACGCUCGCUCUCCGACCACAUCAACUUGCCACAGGGUGUCCGCUUCAUCUUCACUGUUGAUGGCUUACGCAAGAUCUCAACCUUGGAUGAGCUCGAGGAGGGGGAAAGCUAUGUUUGUGCAUCGGAGAACUUCUACAAGAAGGUCGACUACACAAAGAACGUCAACCCCAACUGGUCUGUGAAUGUAAAGGCUUCAGCCAGCCAGAAGAACAUGCAGUCCUUAGCUGCCAAGGCUGCCGGCGAGUCCAGGGAGACCAAGGACUUUAUUCGACCCAAGCUUGUAACGGUGAUGCGCAGUGGUGUGAAACCACGCAAGGCUGUGCGUGUCCUGCUCAAUAAGAAAACGGCGCACUCCUUCGAGCAGGUGCUCACUGACAUCACAGAGGCCAUCAAACUUGAAAGUGGCGUGGUCAAAAGGAUCUACACACUUGAUGGCAAGCAGGUUACUUGCCUUCAAGAUUUCUUUGGUGAUGAUGAUGUCUUCAUUGCAUGUGGACCAGAGAAAUUCCGCUAUGCCCAGGACGACUUCUCUCUGGAUGAGAAUGAAUGCAGGGUGAUGAAGGGACCCAAAGCUCAGCGCGGUUCAGCAAAGAGUCCUGGUCCAAUCAGGCGCUGCAAGUCUCCUGCUGAAUCGACCAACGGGACGGGCUCCAGCAGCCAGCUCUCCACCCCGAUUUCCAAGCAUUCCCCCACCUCCACCCCUACCAGUCCAGGCCUCAACAACAAGCAGAAGGACCUCUACCUGCCCUUAUCUCUGGAUGACGAUGAUUCUCUCGGUGAAUCGAUGUAGACUCUCCUCCUGCAGCCUGCCUCCUUUUGGCCUGAAACACAGAAGUUUUUAUACCUCUGCUGCUUUCCACCUUCACUCACAGUGCCACCUGUUGUCUAGGAGAACCACUCUUUGUCUCUUUGUAAGGCCUUAGCCACCACGGCUAUGACACCAUUUGCUGCUUGAGAAUUGCACAAAACACAAACCUUUUUUUUUUUUUUUUUUAAAUCAGUUUCCACCAUGGGGGUAACAAACAGCUCACUAUUGUUCAGACAUGUUUCUCUGAGGGGGAUUAGACACUGUUUCUCAAAAAGGGCACACAGUUCACUGACCAGCAGAUUUCACGGUGUAAAAACAAACAAACAUUUAGUUAAAGGAUUCACUCUUGAUAUUUCAGUCACAGAAUUCCAAGCAGCAAAUGGAUAUUUUUAGGGGUGUUAGCCAGAACUGACUCAACUUUUGUAUCACUUGUAUUCGUGAUGUUUCUCCAUGUCCUCCUGUCCUUCUGCCCUAUGGUUAAAGGUGUUAAAGGUAAAGGUUCCUUGUCAGAGGACGUCUGCUAAGCCAGAUGGAGUCUUUCUAACCCGCUGUAAAUACUGUGUAUAGCUAUCAUAACAUCUCUGCCCAAUGUCCAUUGCUGUGCUUCCAUAACGUCACAUCCGUCUAACAUUUGCUUAACAUGAUACAGGGUAUGGUCAAAGUAAAAGAAAAACCAAAAUGAAGUCCCACCACAGAGGGUGAGGAUGUGUGGGAUGCAGCUCCUGACUGAGGAGGAUUAUUGGCCAGAAGCCGUCUCUGGGCUGAGAAUACAUGUUCAACUGAAUACAUAUAUAUUAAGAAAUUAUAAAACCAUGUGUGAAAUGACACUUUACAGCCACCAUAAUCAUGGAGGCCUCAAAAUCCUCAAAAUGUUGGCAAUAAUUUGGCAUUCUUGUCCAAUCAGAGACGACCACACUAUAAAAAAGCAUCCCACACAGCCCUCAGGGAAAUCUUUAUAUUGGUGUUUCCUCUAUUUUGACCCUAUACAUAGACAGUAGGCUAUACAUGGUAUAUACCCUCUGUGUUUUAGAUUUUCACAAACUGCAGUGCAUGAUAUUGAUGAAUGGAUAUAAGACUUUGGGCAUGUAAAAACCCGAUUUUAAGGACCUAAUGGUGCAUAAGAACAACCAAAGUAAAAAUAAUUAGGCCAAUCAGUAUACAGUAGUGCUCUAGUGACCAUGUUGAAAUCGUUUCCUUUUAGGCCACUUUAUCACUGGUGAUAUUUUAUAGUUCAGUGAGUGAAAUUCAAAGAUAAAUAAAUAAAGGUCUCAAAGCCAAAGUAUGUUUUCAGGCCAAGAAUUAUAGAAAAGGGGGAAAAUAUGUAACUUUAUUAGUUGUAAAAUUAAAUACUCUGGAGGAAGCACAUCCGGGAGAUUUAUGCAUGUUAACUUUUAACGCAUCAAAAUAAUGAAUCAUGCUCAUCUGACGCAGUUACAGUUUUAUCAGGUUGCUAAACAGUAGUGGGAUUUCUCAUAUUUUGCAUGGCUCAGCAUAGUUCUCAGAUACAGGGGAGAUGAAAAGUUAACGGUUGUCUAAAUCUAUGUGUGGGUUUUAAAUCUUUAUAAAGUUUAUUAAUUUAUAUCAAGGGUACUUGUCUAGGGUUUUUUUUCCUAGUUUUAACUUGCUCACGAGCUAUAAACAUUAGUACUUUUUUCAAGCCUCUGUGUGCAGCUAUCUAUCGCCAUAUUUUUAUUUUCUAUUGUCACGACUUGCAUCGUGUGUCUUAUAAAUCUACUGAAAAGAGUUUUCUCAGAUUUUGCAGGGAAUCAAGCCUGAGAAUCUCUAAAUUGGACGACACUGAAGCACAAAGCAGGGAGCUACUAUUCACUACAGCAACAGACACUUUACUGUCUACUUGCCAGCAUUACAAUGCGUGACCACAAUUAAUCUCUCAAUACACUGAAAAAAUAAAAGUGAUGCUGGUGUUACAUCCUUUGAAUUAACAUCUAUGCAUUUGGAUUAAAGAGUAGUUAAAAAAAAAAUCAGUUUUUCUUUUUUUCCUGUAGAGAAUGGCCUUUCAUACCCAGUAGCGUAAUAAGAAAUGAAACAGAGAUUUUCCAUGCAGUUAUUCCAUUGUGAUGAUGUGACAGUCUGAAAGUUGUAUGUCUUAGGAGUGAUCCGGUGCCCGCCCUCUGGAUAAGUUUUGAAUAGCUGUUUUCUUUAGCCACUUAAUGCUCAAGACAAACCAUCACCGUACUAUCUGGUGCUGUGAACUACAUCUUUCUCCUGCAGGGAGCGCUGUCACACCAGCACAACAGCUAAUAAUAUCAGCUCAUCCAAACAGCAGGGACACCUCACCGUAUCCACCAUUUUGUACAAAAGCCCCAUUUGUUGUCAUUUUUCUGAAACUAUCAGUUCUAUAUAAUCCUACAUGCUAAUAAUGUUCUUGUUUCCUUGAUUUUUCUACGGCUUACUUCAGCGCUGCAGCAUAGAAAACAUUAACAGAAAAAUGUUGGUUGUCUUGUGUAAACCGGCUGCCACCAUGUAAGAUGGAUGGUGUGAAUUCAUCACCUACAGUGGUGCCUUUUUUUUUAGAUUACUGUCUUUUGAUAAAAAAAAAAACUGAAAUGGGACAUCUAAGGCUUGUUCUUAACAGCUGUUUGUAACAUUUUUAAACGUCUUGAAUGAGGAGGGCUCCCAACACACUUUGUUUUGUAGAGUUACAGGACACUUUAUUGUGGUGUAAAUACGCUCCCUUCCUGUUCUCUUUCAUAUGUAUGCCUUUCUGAUAGAAUGAAUGACUUUUUUUUUUCUUUUUUUUUUUCCUUGGAAAUUUACAAUGUCCUUUUUAGUGGUAUUUUGCAAUGUCACAGUGGCUUGUUUCAGUGCUUCAUUCAAUGUAUUAACUGGUAUCCUUUUGCAAUUAAAACAGUUGUAUUUCA